AUGUCUCAUCUUGUAUCGGCCAAUUCCAUCACAAAACGUCAAAGUGGUCUCAUAUGGAGUGAAAUAAAACAGCUCUGGGAUGUUGGCCUAGAAGAGUAUGUCCGGGACAUGUGGAACGUUAUAGACUUUAUCACCAACUCGCUAUACGUAGCCACCGUAGCAUUAAGAAUCGUUUCUAUUUAUCAGGUCAAGCUAUAUCCUAACGCUUCGGAAAUCAGAAGGGAGCACUGGGAUGCCUGGGAUCCAAUGCUGAUUUCCGAGGGACUGUUUUCAGCAGCGAACAUAUUUAGUUCUCUGAAGCUGGUGUACAUAUUCUCCGUUAAUCCACAUCUGGGACCACUUCAAGUGUCAUUAUCGAGAAUGGUGAUGGAUAUUAUGAAGUUUUUCUUUUUAUUCGUCUUAGUGUUAUUCGCCUUUUCAUGUGGUCUAAAUCAACUCCUCUGGUAUUAUGCGGAUGCAGAAAGAACCCGCUGUCGACAUGAGGGUGAUGAUCAUAUGAGUCGUAAUCAAACAGAGCCUGAUUCCAAUGCCUGUACCAUAUGGAGGCGAUUUUCAAAUUUGUUUGAAACAAGUCAAACUCUCUUCUGGGCAGUUUUUGGUCUGAUAGACUUGGAAAGCUUCGAACUCAACGAAAUAAAAAUAUUCACAAGAUUUUGGGGAAUGUUGAUGUUCGGUACAUAUUCUGUUAUAAAUAUAGUAGUUCUUCUCAACUUACUGAUAGCUAUGAUGAAUCAUUCCUAUCAGCUGAUAUCGGAACGUGCGGACUCCGAAUGGAAAUUCGCUCGCAGCAAACUCUGGAUCAGUUACUUUGAGGAAGGCGGCACCGUGCCCGUCCCUUUCAACAUCAUUCCGACUCCCAAGAGUUUGUGGUACAUAAUCGAGUGGAUCCGCAGAAAGUUUUGCGGCUACUCCAGGGCGGCGAAGAAAGAGCACAUGAGGACGAUCAGGAGGAAAGUAAAGAAGGCGAGUGAACGUGACUUUAGAUACCAAGGCAUUAUGAGAAAUUUGGUUCGGCGGUACGUGACGGUGGAACAAAGGAAAGCAGAAAAUCAAGGCGUCACUGAGGACGAUGUCAACGAGAUCAAACAAGAUAUAUCUGCGUUCCGCUUUGAGCUGAUAGAAAUACUGAAGAAUUCAGGAAUGAACACAUCGACUGCGCAUAAUGUGAUGGGUACUGGUGGGAAGAAAAAUCGACAGAAAGAGCGACGCCUCAUGAAGGGUUUCAACAUAGCGCCCCAGCCGUCUACUUCGUCUGCUUCACUACCUCCCGUUGCCGAAUUCAUUGCAUCCCUUCAGCAACAUCACGAUGAUCAUCAUCAUCACCACGACUUUUUCGGAUCUACGUUGUCUGGAAUAUUCGCCAACUCCACGCCAAGGAAGCUGCACCAACAGAGUAGCACAGUGUCUUCGUCUCAGGGGAGUAUCAAUGAAGGACUACACCAUCACCAUAACCAUCAUAAAAGAUCCGAAAGUUUAUCAGACUCUAAUCCCAGUUUGGACGUGCAGCCUGAUAUACCUCGUGAAAGAGAAUUGCAUGGAAUCGCUCAUGGUUUGGCGCUGUUGAAAAAAAAGAGAAAGAAAUUUUCGGCUUCCAGGAAUACUAGCCCAAUUAUUCCUCCUACGAAUCCAAUUGAGCUCUCUCAUAAGAAAUUCCAACCCGUGAAGGCUUUGAAACGGGCUUCAAGCGUACCAACCAGGGUACCAGAAAUGGUUCAAAUCACGCACAGACACGAAAAGACUCAGUCUCAACAAGACUCCAUCGAAUUACCAACGACGGUACCAUCCACUCUCACCCCCUCAACGACUGAAGAGAGCGUCAACACCGUCGGUCAACCGACUGCAACGAGUGGAACUUCCAGAGAUCCGCUCUUGUUCAACUCUUCUUCCAGCAAUCCUGCCAAUGGAUCGUUGCAAACACCUGACGAAGAAUACAGGCAUCAUUCUUCACAGUCUCUACCGAAACUGCCUGGCGUCAUUCCUCUCUGUGGUCAUACUGCUCCAACAGGGUGGUUGUAAUAACUUUACGGGGUUUAAAUGUAGUUGACAAUGUUUCCUGUUGAAUGAUGGAGGUUUGGGCUUCAAUUGUGUACAAAAGUGUUAACAGAUUCGAAAGCUUUAAAGAAAAAAUAAAAAAAUUUAUAAAAUAUUAUAAGAAUAUUGGCUUUCACGGCCGUGGUCACGAUUAUAAAGAACAAAAUCGGUGCUGGUAGGUCACGAUCGGAAGGAACUUGUAGUAUCAAAGUUUCGUCAGCUAUAUCGGCAGAUAUCUUCAGUGGUUUGAGCAUUGACUGCAAGGACAUAGAUGAUAUCUUGAGGUUUCAUCAACAACUGAAUAGGGAGUUCCGUGUUCACUCAUAUUUAUAAUAGAAGGGGAUUAGUUCGCACUGAUGCUAGGUUGUUCCAAAUGGUUCACGUUGCUGAUAGAUGUGCUGCAGAAGAAAUAUCGAAUAGAGUAUUAUUGAAAUCCAUUUUUCACCUUCUUAAGUUUUGGAUACCACAUUCUGGUGACUUGUAUACCUCAUCCUUUCCCAAUGUAUUCUAGAAGACAAAACAACAAUUUCUUUAUAUUUUAUCACAUGGUAUGUUUCCCUAGGACACAGACUUUUCCUAUGUACCACAAGUACAAAUUUUACAUCAUGAAUUCAAAUCACUCAACUGAGGAAAUGAGAACUAUUGGCCUGCAACCUAAUGAUGUUCUUGUCAGCUUCGAUGUCGUUUCUCUCUUUUCCAUUGUACCACUCAUGGACACGUUGGAGCAGAUUGAAACAGUUUUCUCACGGACUUCAUAGCCCCAUGACCACUAUGUAUCAGCAAUGAAAUAAUUGUUUCGCCAAAUGAAUGGAUAGAGUCGCCAUGGAAAGUGGUUGCAGUGGUUACAAAUUUCUACAUGCGAGUUUUCUAGAAAAAACCGCUCAGCAUCACUCCACUUUUAUGGUUUGGAACUUCGGGAAAUGAGCAUGAGAACAGUUUCUAUGUAACAAUCAGCUCACCUUGGAAAAGGAAAACAAAAGAAAAAUAUCAUUUCUGGAUGUCACGAUCGAUAUAAAAACUGAAACUAAGUCACACAGCUAAUCGCAAACUGAAUCAUACUAAUCGAUACCUCGACAAAAACUCAAAUAAUUUUCAGUAAUGAUGAAAACCCUCAUUAGUCACCAAGAUGUUUGAGUCACAUCUUCUUGAAGAAGAUAUUCAUCAUCUUGUCCUUUACCAAACUCUACAGGACAAUCAGUAUACCUGGCAGGAAAUCCAACGCGUAUUCUAGAAUAAAUAGCUCAUUUUUUACCAUGAACCAACAGACUGAGGUAGACACAGUCUACUUGCUUUACCUGAACAACGUCACUGAUUGCAUUGGGAAACUAUUCAGAAAUAAUAACAUUCUUUUGAAGACAAAACACAAUCAGUACAGAAAAAUCUCAAGGCACUCUAAGAGUGGUGCCAUUCAAAAGUCAACUGAUUCUGCAACACUAUCAGAUCAGUCAAGAAACAAGAGCGCCUUUAGAUGAUUUUCUGUUUCUGUAGCUCAGUGUACAACAUACCUUUCGAAUGCAGCAUACAAGAACACGAAUGUUGUUUGACAUUCCACUUAUAGCCUAACUCAUUUAUUGUUUUUUUUUUCAUAUCAUAAUCAUUUGUUUUCUCAACAAAGUGGCUUUUUGAUGUUUUCUGAAUUUUAUAUUUGUCUUUUUUUUCUUCAAUAAUUUGGACAUUUUUCGCUAAUUUUAAGUAAGCCUUUCAAAUAUUUCCAGUCUUGUUAUUUUCACUGUUUGUAAUUUCCGCUUAUUUUCAAUAUUAUAUCCCUUUAUUUUCUCUUCUUGUAGCUUUCAUAUCUGUUAAUACCUUUUUAGACAAUCGAAAUCCAAAUCGCCAAAUUUUAUCUUCACGGGGCCAUUAGACUUACAGCAUUUUCAGUAUAAACAUUUACCAGGAGGGGUCAUCAUAUUUGAGAACAAAACUCAGUUUGAAACAGUAACUGCUAAAAAUGGGUAUGGAAGAUAACAUAUAGUUAAGUAUCAUUAUUUGUGAAUGGUAAAUGGAAUAAAUGUUCUUUUUAACGGGUAAGGCUAGUUUUUGAAGAAUUUUGAAUCAAACUCGAGUAUUUUAAUACACUGAUCACUAGUAUAUACAGUGUCAUCCCCAAAGUAUGCACCAUAUGGAAAACUUAUCU